CAUUGGUAACAGACGCUCGAAUGGAGUAAACGCGGGUUCUGAAGUUAUGGAAGCAGUAAGAUAAGAAUACGCAAAAAGAGCGACAUUUAAGGUUUUGAGAGUUUUUCUUACUAUGGUAUCACAGCCCAAAAGUGUCCAAAGGAAGAAGCCGGAUCAGUGGGAGGACAGUGAAGUUGCCAGUGCGGUGGACGGUGAAGUGCCCCUGAACCAGCAAACCUGUGAGAUGGAGAGUUCCCACCCCAGUGAUGGCGGAGAGGAUGGCAGUAGGGCCAGCCAAUCGGAGGCAGAAGAGAAGAGCUUUGUAGCCAGUCUGUAUACCUUCAUGAAGGACAGGGGCACACCCAUCGAGAGGAUACCACACCUAGGCUUCAAGCAGAUUAACCUCUGGAGAAUCUACAAAGCUGUGGAGAAGCUGGGCGGAUAUGAUUCUGUGACAGCGCGGCGGCUGUGGAAGAACGUUUAUGACGAGCUGGGUGGCAGCCCGGGCAGUACCAGCGCUGCCACCUGUACCCGCAGACAUUAUGAGAGGCUUGUACUGCCCUUUGAGAGACAGCUGAGAGGAGAGGAGGACAAACCCCUGCCCCCUGCCAAGCCCCGUAAACAGUACAAGAAGAGCCCAGAGGGCAAAGGCAGCAAAGCCGAGGGAAAGAAGAAGAAGAGCCAUCAGGAGGGGGAAGGCGAGGUACAUGCUGAGACCCAGGAAAAGCCAGGGGAGGGCAGCCACUGUGCUAUCUUGGCCGAGAGCUCACAGGCAGAUUGUUGCGGACCGAACGGCGAGGUGACCUCAGCGAAGGACCAGACUGCCUCCAACUGUGCAGUGACCCAGCCAGUCAAGAAACUUUUGUCCAGCGUCCAGUCCUCAGGUGGGGAGGUCAUCUCCCCACUGGAGAAGAAGAAGCGUAUGGCCCAGGCCAGUCUCAGCCUCUCCCAGGCCUGCCCCAGCCCAGACCGGGAUAGUAGAGGAAGGCCUUCUGUCAUUCACUGUGCCCAGUCCCCUGGGCUGUCCCGUUCCAGCAGAACCCGCGAGUCCUCAGAGGGGUCACCUGUCCCCCACUCCUCCUCCUCCUCCCGGAGCCCCUCUCCCUGCUCAGUCUCCUCCGAUGACUGUCUGGCACUUACGGAAGACUGUGCCCCCGCCCCAGGCCUUGACAAGCCGGUUCCCCCUACUUACCUUGGCAAUUUCUCCGUCUCCUACAGCAACGGAGUUUGCAAGCCAGUGAGCUGUUAUCCUGCUAUCAAGGACUCUGCCGGUCACCUCCGCCACCACAGGGACAUCCGACAGGUCAACCUGUUCCCAACGGACCCCGCUGGGGUCAAAGUGCAAACGCCAGAGUGGAGCCCAGGCUGCAGAGGGGAGAACCGACACGCUUCUGUUAAAACUCACCAGCCGUCGUCUUCCUCCUCAGCCGACAUGGGACCCAAAGCUUGCUGGGUCCCUCCCAUGUCCAGCUUCACCAAGGUGCUGCCCAAAUCUGGGGAGCACUUGCGGCCAGUCUCCUAUCAGCAGGGCCACAAAGUUCACCAGAGCCUGAAGCGGCCAGCUCCUGAGGACACAUCCACAUAUGGGAAAAAACUGCAAAUGGUUCCCCCUCUGCAUCACGGAGAAAGCAAAGAGAGGUCCAAGUUAGGUUUGCCCAAGCCACUUCCCACCCAGCAUUCUCUGUACCCUCAUGCCAGCUUUCCGAUAUCCUACUUCCUCCCUGCCUACGAGAGGACGAGGCCGGUCUCAAGCCACCAGCUGAAAGGCCUCUCCUUGCCUCCGCUCCUCUUUCCCGCCCACCUGACCCAGCCCAGCCCCGUGUACCGCCAUGUCACCUCAGGAACUCCUUACUCCGUCCCGUAUGAGUCAUUCCCCCGCCCCCGUCCUUAUCAGAUUCCACUCUGGCACCCUCAGGCUGCAUAUGCCAUCACAGGCCUGAAUCCACACUAUCCCAACACUAAGUUGUGACCCCCCCAGGCCUCCCAAGCCAUAACUUGCAUCCGAAAUCUAAAAGUUGGUGCGGAAAUGUGAAUGACAUUGACAUGGUGUACAGUAUUAUAUGGAUUUGAACUUGGGGACCCAAAAGAUUUUUUUUUUUCUUUGCUGGAAAGGCCUUCUAUGUGAAUGUCCUCCAGAGCAUGGGAAUAGUUCAGCGCCACUUUGGUCUACACAGAAGGGCAACUGUCUUCUCAGUCUCCUCUGUAUGACUGGCCUUACAGGUCUGCUUUCAGUGUACAGACUCUUGUGAGGAUCAAAAUAGCCAGAUCUCAGCAAUACACCAGAACUGAACAGACUGCCUAUUUUUGAUCACAUAAAUACUGAACUAAAAUUGACAGCUGGGGUUGCAGCACAGCAAUAAAACUGGUAUUUCUCUUCACCUAGCACAAUCUUCCUCUUUCCUCUUUCUUUUUCUAACAAUGAAGUGUCAUAUGGGAUAAGUCAAAGUGUUUUGUUGUGCCCUGCUCCCUAUAAGGCAGUGAACAGGGCUGUUGUUUUGCAGCCUGGCAACAAGAGGAGGUCAAUAAGUCUAUGUUGAUGAGAUCCAAAGAUCCAAAGUAGAGCAAAAUUGCUUUAAAAACACUCCAUUUUCAGGUUCCAUUUGGAGUGCAAAAAACGGUAUGAACUCAUAAAAGUUGGUCAGUUUAUCUCAGUCUAACACAUUACACUACGUAAUCUACACAAAUCUUAACUCAAGCUCCUU